AUGUCUAAUAAUCAAGAAGAAGACACAACCGAAGAAUUUCGACAACCUCCAGUUCCAAACCUCCAAAUGCAAGCGAUGUUAGGGGAGAUGAGGCAUAUGUUGAGGGCUGAAUUAGAACCUAUUCACGAAAGGUUGGACAGGGUAGAAGCGGAAACUCCUAGGGGCCAGCAACAUGACAUCCACAAUAGGCAGCAUGGUGGGUGUGGUCCGUGGCGGAAUGUUGAUGGAGAGGCGGAGUCGGAGGAGUUUGAUGAGCAAUAUUUGAACCGAGGCAGGAUUGAGCGUGGGUAUAGAAAUAGAGAAGCUAGGAUGGGUAGGCCUAGGAGGGAUAACGAUUUAGGAAAUAUAAAGAUUAAAAUCCCAUCUUUUCAAGGUAAAAAUGAUCCUGAAGCUUAUUUGGAGUGGGAAACUAAAAUGGAGAUGGUUUUUGAUUGUCACAACUACUCAGAGAUAAAGAAGGUUAAGUUGGCUGCAAUUGAAUUUACCGAUUAUGCCAUUGUGUGGUGGGAUCAAUUACUGAUUAAUAGGAGGAAUAGAGAGCCACCCGUGGACACUUGGGAGGAAAUGAAAAUGCUUAUGAGGAAGCGUUUUGUACCCAGCCACUAUUAUAGGGGAUUGUAUCAAAAAUUACAGAGGUUAAUUCAAGGAUCUAAGAGUGUGGAUGAGUAUUACAAGGAGAUGGAGGUAGCUAUGAUCCGGGCCAAUGUAGAAGAGGACUGGGAAGCCACCAUGGCUAGGUUUUUGCACAGUUUAAAUCGUGAGAUUGCGGAUAUAGUCGAGAUGCAGCACUAUGUUGAGUUGACGGAUAUGGUGCAUCAAGCCAUAAAGGUGGAGGAACAAUUCAAAGGAAAGGGAUUGGCUAGGAGGGGACUGCCUAUGGCUACAACCAGCUCGUGGAAGACAACUCCAAAAAGGGACGACCAGCAACAAAAUAAGCCAAAAUUUGAAUCCUUUAAGAAUGCCAACUUAAAGACCGCCACUACUUCAGGUACAAUCGAGACUUCAAGUUCUAAAGCACGUGAUAUUAAGUGUUUUAAAUGUCAGGGGCGCGGACAUAUAGCCAGCCAGUGUGUAAACAAGAGGGUGAUGGUGAUAAAUGCCCAAGGAGAGCUUGAGUCCGAAAAUGAGGAAGAAGUAGAUAAUGAUGAUAUGCCAUCUAUGGAGGAUGCUGACGAUGAGCAAAAUGCUGUGGUUGGAGAUUUAUUGGUUGCAAGGCGAGUUCUCAAUGUGCAGGUUACGGAGGAAGAAAGUAACCAAAGGGAGAACUUGUUUCAUACUCGGUGCUUUGUAAAUAACAAAGUUUGCAGUGUCAUUAUCGAUGGUGGGAGUUGCACAAAUGUUGCCAGCACUUAUUUGGUGGAGAAAUUGGCUUUAACUACCUUGAAACAUCCUCAACCUUACCGGCUUCAGUGGUUGACUGAAUGUGGGGAAAUCAAGGUGACAAGACAAGUGUUGGUGGCAUUAUCCAUUGGCAAAUAUGAGGAUGAGGUGCUUUGUGAUGUGGUUCCUAUGCACGCAUGCCAUUUACUGUUGGGAAGACCAUGGCAGUAUGAUCUGAGGGUUACGCAUAAUGGAUUCACAAAUAAGUAUUCCUUCACUCUUAAUAGGCAACCUAUUACUCUUGUGCCAUUAACUCCAAAACAGGAGUUUGAAGAUGUCCUUCCUGAAGAGGUACCUUAUGGUUUACCUCCAAUCCGAGGGAUUGAACAUCAAAUUGAUUUCAUACCUGGUGCAUCAAUUCCAAACCGACCUGCUUAUAGGAGUAAUCCCGAGGAGACCAAGGAACUUCAGAGGCAAGUAAAUGAAUUAUUGGAGAAGGGGUUUUAG